AUGGCGUGCCCACACGUCGACUCUCUCAACAUUUCGCCACCAACGCCUGCCCAGUCGGUCUACCGCGAGGACUGCACCCAGUGUUUCGACUCUAUCGAUAACACCGACGGUCUCAAUGUCUGCCUCCAGUGCUUCAACGGCGGUUGCGCCGGUGACCGACAGCACGCCGCCCUACACAGCGCCCUACGAUCCCACCCCCUCGUCCUGAACAUCAAGAGGACACGCAAGGCUGUCACUAGGGACGAGCCGCCUCAGAAGAUCACGAAGCUCGCCAUCUCGGCUGAAAAGGAGGAGGACAAGUACGACACUGCCCUGAACGUCAGAUGCCUCGAGUGCAACACCAAUGUCGACACGGCAAACCCAAAGAUUGCUCCUGUCGUCGACGGAAUAAUGAAGUCCAAUACGUUCUCGCGGAAAGAGGAGAUCAAGGCCUGGGAGCAAGAGCUUACCAGCUGCGAGCACAUCCUGCUGAUGCACCAGGACGAACCACGCAAGAUCGCCUCGCAGGACCUGGGUGGCUGCGCGAGGUGUGACCUUAAGGAAAAUCUAUGGCUUUGUCUCCAGUGCGGUGCCCUUGGCUGCGGUCGUGCCCAGUUCGGUGGUGUUGGCGGCCAUUCUCAUGCCCUGGCGCAUUCGAAAGAGUCGGGGCAUGGUGUUGCCGUCAAGCUCGGUUCUAUUAGUGCCGAAGGCACCGCCGACGUAUACUGUUAUGCUUGCGACGAUGAGCGCGUCGACGAGAACUUGGCCACACACCUGGCGAACUGGGGCAUCAACAUUGCCGAGAGACAGAAGACCGAGAAGAGCCUGACGGAGAUGCAAAUCGAGCAGAAUAUGAAGUGGGACUUCACCACGACACAGGACGGCCAGGAGCUGAAGCCCAUGUUCGGUCCUGGCCUGACCGGUCUCAAAAACCUUGGAAACAGCUGCUACCUCGCCAGCAUACUCCAGUGUCUCUUUGACCUGGCACCCUUCCAGAAGCGGUAUUUCGAAGGCAACGACGACCUACCCAUCGUGGAGGAUCCCGCUCAGGACCUCGAGACACAAAUGCGGAAGCUGGCAGAUGGUCUGCUUUCCGGCCGCUAUUCCAAGCCUGAUCCUGAUGCAGCCACUGCGCCUGGCGAGAACCCGGCCGAGGCUCACCAGAGGGGCCUGUCGCCUGCCAUGUUCAAGCAUCUUAUCGGUCGAGGGCACCCGGAGUUCUCUACCAUGCGACAACAAGACGCUUUUGAACUCUUCCAACACCUCUUCAAGUUGAUCACGCGAGCUCCACACCCGUCUCCUGCCGCCGAUCCUACCCGGCCUUUCCGCUUCGUCCUCGAACAGCGUCUGCAAUGUCUCAGUUGCAAGAAGGUUCGAUAUUCGACGACGGAGCAGGAGAACAUCACAAUCAUCCUGCCCGUGGAGAGAGAGCCGCAGAAAGAAGGCGAGGAAGGCCCUGCACCGUGGAAGCCCGUGACACUCACCCAAUGCCUGGACGACUUCACUGUUGACGAGGUAGUGGAGCUGACCUGCUCUUCAUGUGGCUCGAAAGACGGUUAUAACAAGCGAACGCUCUUCAAGACCUUCCCGGAGAUUCUUGCCGUGAAUGCGCGAAGGAUGGCCAUCAUCAACUGGGUCGAGGUGAAAGUUGAUGUUCCCGUGAUCAUUCUUGAUGAGCCUUUCACCCUGGACAAGUACAUUUCCGCUGGUCAACAGCCAGACGAAGAAUCCCUCCCCGAGGAAGAAGCUUCGGCAGCUCCCGCAUUUGUGCCCAACGAGACAGGUCUCGCUCAGCUGGAGGCAAUGGGAUUCCCGCGUGUGCGUUGCGAGAAAGCAUUACACGCAACAGGCAAUAGCGAUGCUAACGCAGCCAUGGAAUGGUUGUUCGCACAUAUGGAAGACCCAGAUAUCGAUGCCCCAUUGGAGCUGGGUGCCUCCGCCAGUGGAGGCGCCGGCGCUGGUCCAACCCCAGAGCAGAUCGAGAUGCUCACUUCCAUGGGUUUCGAUGUACCCAAGGCGAAGAAAGCGCUGAAGGAAACCGGCGGCGACAUGGAACGGGCAGUUGAGUGGCUAUUCAGCCAUCCAGAUGACUCUGGCACGUUGGAUGAGGACGAGGGUGCUGCGGUUGGCGCAAGCUCCGGCUCUGAUGAGCCCUCUGGCAGCGCAUCGCUGCCCGCUGUAUACCAGUUGCAGAGCAUUGUAUGCCACAAGGGCACGAGCAUCCAUGCUGGACACUACGUGGCCUUCAUCCGCAAGCAGCUGGACAAGCCCUCCUGGGUUCUAUUCAAUGACGAGAAGGUCGUCCAGGCUGUCGAUAUCGAAGAGAUGCGCAAGUUUGGGUACGCCUACUUCUUUAAGCGUGUGCAGAAUUGA